CCGAGUCAUCAUGUACUGUUACAUUGUGCUUACACAUGAAAUAUGCUAUAGAGAAUCGAAUCUAUUCUCGAUCGUGGUGGCUUCGCAAACAAAGGGAUCGGACGACUGCCUGGAAAUGGCCCGUUGUUGUGCGCCAGGGCCGCGGAGCUGGGAGGAAUGAAAGACGCCACUGUUAGAGAUGAGAUGAGUCUCACGAUGGGUCGGGCGUCGAGGGAAGGGACAGCCUUCCGUCCUGUCUCUCCUGGCCGUCCCUCGCCUUACAGUGAAACAACACGGGGAUGAAACGUUGAACCACAGAUCACAGAUAUUCACUGUAGAUGAUACAGAUGAUAAAGAUGAUACAAACAGACAGAUACUGUAUAAAGUGGACAACUGCCAGCCACUAGUAGCCUUAUUGACCGACGAUCGAUCUGACCAAGAAGCGGGCAAUAGGGCUGGUAACAUCUCGGACCACCGACGGGCCAGCCGCACGUCAACACACCCAUCCGAAUCCAAAACACUGCAUAUCCCGCCGCCUAUCAGUAUGUGUACCAUACAUCCGCCCCGUCACUUCUCUCUUCUCAUAUCACAACAUACCCAGCGCCGUGGCAACACCCCACCAUCAUCAUCCUUCUCGAAUAAAGCGUUUCCUUUUUCAUCUUCUUCCCGCCCUUCUCGUCGCCUGCGGUCUGGCGAUCUCUCGGCCAACUCGCUGAAAUGGGAUAUGUGGUAUGCAUGUUGGCAUAUUCCACAUUUGAGAUCUGAUCGUAUGCCUAGCCGCGCGCAUUAGACCCUGAGUGUGAGUUCCUCUUACUGUCUCAGUAUAUGGAAUAUAUCUUACCCUCCAUUUUCCCUUGUUUCGUUUCUUUCGUUUCUUUCGUUUCAUUCUUUAUCUUCACACAUUCUCCUUAAAGUCUCAUACACACAUCUAUCUACCUAUCUAUCUAUCUAUUGAUCUGUCUGAGAAACAUCCGCGUCACGGUCCCGAGCCACAACAUUCUCUGCCUGAGUCCUGUCCCUUCGGCCUAGAAUGACCGACAUGUCCCCGUGCCGGUUGUGCGCAGCACCCUUCCCGCCCGUGAUUGUUCGCAUAGUCGACGCACCCGCGCUCCCAGCCCUCCCCGAGUUUGAGGAUAAAUGGCCCAACUUCCUCGAUUCUCCACUUCCGCCAAUUCCUCACCCUUCUCGCUCUGCUAAGAAACAAUAUUACCGCCUAUUCCCACACCAGAGAGCAAUGCCUCCUACGCCGCCGUCGUCGCCGCGGCACUUCAAGCUUGUGACCAGCGAUAGCACUAUCCCAGCGUACGAUCUGCACGCUCUGUCGCCCCUCUCGCCAAUGGAGCAACUCUUCCUUGUCACCCCGUCAAGCGACACAUCGAGUCUGAGCGACCCGUCAAUCCACUCCCCCUCAGACGAAGACGACGACUAUGACGCCUCAGGACUCCCAUCCUGGCACAACUCCUACGACUUCCCCGCCACCCCCAGUGCAUCGCCCACCGAGCUAUCACCUCUAUACAGGUGCAACUCCCCCUCCAAAUUCGCAUUCGACAUCUCCUCCAUGCCACCCCCACCAAUCCCUCCACGCUCCUCAUCGCGCAACUCCAACCACACCACCAAGUCCCCCCGCCAACGUCCCCAAGCUGGACCACCUCUCCACUUCGCUGCGCCGCGCCGUGCGCCGCAGCUCGUGGCACCGGCGUUUAGGCACCAUGCGACGCCCCCGCUGCCGCCGCCUGGGUUUGCACCACAAGGAACUAUACAGCCACUUCACCCAUCUACUUAUUCUACAAAUACGAGUCCUUUGAGCCCCUUGCUUCCUCCUAGCCCUCUUGCUCGUGCGGUGCCACUGCCUACGUCGCCGGUCUUGGCUGAGAGGAGCGUGUUUGACUAUGAAGAGGAGGGUGCGAGGGGGUUGAAGGGUGUUAAGGCGAGGUUUCAUAAACAUAGUGUCUCGUCGGGGGCGCAGGGUGGGAGGAGGAAGAGCGCGGGGGAGGUGGUGAAGGGUAUAUUUGGGGGUUGGUCUGAGAAGGGUGGGAGAAGUGGGAAGGGUACAUGAGAUGGUGGUUAGGAGUUUUUGGACCUGGGAUUUGGAUUUGGAUUUAUAUUCGGUGUUUUUAUUAGAUUGGUGUUAAGUGUGCAUCUUGGAUAUGUUUUUAUGAAUAUAACGAAAUGGUUGGGUAUUAUAUUUAUUUAAUCCUCUUGAUCAAUAACAAGAGUACUUCUGAUUGAAGAAAGCACCCCUAGGAGCUUAACAACUUAC